AUGUCUAAGGUUGAGUCUAUUUUUACCCUCGGUGUCAGGUUUAUUGUCACUGUUGUGAUACGUGGACUCGAAACAAUUUUCACGAUCAUUGUUUUGGGGUUGUCUGCAUCGCUCGUUAACGACUAUAGUGACUACGGCAGAGGCAUCUACGCGGUAGUUGUUUCGGUUCUUACCCUUUUGUCGAUUCUCCAUAGCUUCUUUUUACCACUCUCUUUUGAGUUCAGCUGGUACUUCUUGCUGACUCUUUUGACCCAGAGCUUGGAGUUUGUCCUCUGGUUGAUUGUGUUUUCUCUCUAUGCUGACGACUUUGGUGACUUGGACUGCUCGUUGCUUGCAGACGAAACUCCAUGUCAUGUUGGUAAGGCCGCAGUUGCCUUUUCUUUCCUUAAUUGGUUGUUGUUGAUUGUGGUUUUGCUGCUCUUGGUGGUUUUUGUUGUCGUACCUGCUGGCUUUGCAGCUUUCCAAUCAAAGGUAGAAUGGACACCUGGAGGAAUCUUCCCAGUUGUAGCUGCUAAGGAAGAAGACCCAGAAAAGGUUGUUGCAGCUGGAGAAGGAAAAGACGAGCCUGCUGAAAUCAUUGUAAAUGAACAACCAGAAAACACAGAACAGACUGAACAUGUCGACAUCGAUGACAUAAUUAGCCCUGCCCUGGCUGAGCCGGAAACAGAAAAGGAACUGGAACCCGUUCCCGCCCCUGCAAAUUUGUAA